AUGGCUGAAAAUAUGGAGCCAAUUGCAGUGGAUCCUGAUUUCUACUCUAUGUCCACUGGCUACGACGCGGAUCUGCAGGAUUUUCAGUCGGAGACCACAUCUAUUGCGUCCGCGAUCGCAAGGGGACGGUUAGAAAACGGCCGAAGAUACCAGGCCACUAAAGAAGACGACUACUGGGGCCCUUCUGACGAACAGCAAUUCGAGGCGUUUGAGAUUGGCCACAUGGUGUUUCUCGUGCUAGACUACAACCAACCGAAUCCUCUUUUCCGCGCUCCUAUUGGCGAUUCGCCUAAGCAUAUUCUGGACAUCGGAACUGGUCAAGGGAGUUGGGCAAUUGAUGUUGCCGAUGCCUAUCCAUCAGCUGCCGUCCGUGGCGUGGAUAUCUUCCCUCCACCAGUGUCAUGGAUGCCCCCGAACUGCAUCUUCGAAGUGGAUGAUGUGCUUCGCGAGUGGACAUGGAGAGAGCCAUUUGACUUCAUCCAUUUGCGCCUAAUGUAUGGCGCCUUCCCUCCUGAGGGAUGGGAUCAGGUAUACAAACAGGCUUACGACGCCCUCGAACCCGGUGGCUGGAUCGAGCAGAUGGAAUUUGACGUGCGAGUCCGCAGCGAUGACGGUACCUUGAAGAAAGAACACCAGCUAUGGGGGUGGGGUGACAUGUUUAUUAGAUGCGCCCAGCGAGCCGGACGGUCACUCAACACCCAAGAAACGAUGCGCAGCGCAAUUGAGAUAGCCGGGUUCGUGGACGUGCACGAGGAGAAGCAAAAGAUACCCUUAGGACCUUGGCCUAAGGAUAAGUUAUUGAAGGAGGUCGGACACCUCCAGUAUGCCCACUGGAAUGCCGCUCUAGAGGGUUGGGCGAUGUGGCUUCUCACCCACUUUGGAGAGCCUGUGCCGUGGAUGAAGGAGGAAGUGCAGGUGUAUCUGGCUAAAGUGCGCGUGGAGCUGAAGGAUCCGCAAAUUCACGCCUAUAACUAUGUGAGGCGCGUGUGGGCAAGAAAGCCUACCAAAGAGGAAUUGAAAGCGAAGGAGGCAAAUUCCGAAACUAAGAUAUCGCCGUAG